AUGAUAUUUGAGGAGGAGCUGAAGCUCGGCCGCAAGAUCGGCUCCGGCGCGGAGGGCGAGGUGUUUUUGGCCAGGUGGAAGGGCAUCCAAGUGGCGGCCAAGGAGUUCAUCGUGCGGGGCGGCAAACACGGAGAGAAGGAGGCGCGCGAGUCUCUGUUCAAAGAGAUCAGGAUGCUGGCUGACCUCACAAACCACCCAAACGUGGUGCACUUCUGCGGCGUGUGCCUGCGCAAGGGCAAUUUGAAGCCCCUGGUGGUGACGCAGUAUUACGAGAAGGGAUCAGCGCACCAGCUGCUGUUAAAGGCGAAGUCGCGGCUGGACCUGGCACCGCCCGCCCGCAAGGAGGAGGCCCUGAGAGAGCUGCGGGAUCUGAGCUGGGCGGGGCGCCUCAAGAUGCUGCACAACGUCGCAGCCGCCAUGAUGUUUGUCCACUCCCAGGGGGUGCUUCACGGGGACCUGCGCUCCCCCAACCUGUUCGUGGACAGCCACGGGAAGCUGGUGGUCGCAGACUUUGGCUUCGGCGAGACCCUGCCGCAGGGCGCCCAGGAGGUGUCCGUGAAAGUCACGACCAACCCGCGCUGGGUCGCGCCAGAGGCGAUGCACACCCGCCGCAUAUCAAAGGCGUCUGACGUGUACAGCUUUGCGAUCAUCAUGUACGAGGUGGGCGGCGUGACGGACGGCGGGCGCAUGCUGACAUGGACUAUGCCCUACCACAACUGCAACGACGGCACGGUGUGCAUUGCUAAGCGGAUUCAGGAUUCUAACUUCGUCGGAGUGACCCCGGAGGUACCGCAGCUGCCGCCCGACGAGCAGCUUCCCCUGGCGCCCCGCGGCCGUCACCUGGAGCAGUACAAGCAGCUCAUGACGGCCUGCUGGGACCCGGACCCAUCCAAGAGGCCCACGUUUAAGCGGGUGACCGCCCUGCUGGAGAAGCAGCAAAAGAUCGUGGACUGCAGCGAUGGCAUUAACUGUUGGGUGAUGCUUUUGACGUGA